AAUUAGUACGUAUAGCAAAAUAAAAUAGGUUAGUACUCUGUAGUUUUGUUUGUAGGAAUUGUAAGUAGGAACUUGGAACUUUGUGUGGCGUAUUUUGUGGUUAAUCUUAGAUUAAGGUUACAACAAUACAUGGAUUGAAUGGAAUCAUCUUGAAUUGAAUCGAUGUUGGUUAUUUAUUAGGUAUUAUUCAUCCUGUUCUAGGAUUUAGGCGAUGGCAAGCGAAAUGUUUAACACAUAUCACUGCACGCACUGUCAAUAUAAGAUUGAUGGUCUACGAGUGCGAUGUACGGUGUGCCCCAAGUUUGAAAUGUGUUUACAGUGUUUCUCAAAUGGUGCUGAAAUUGGAUCUCACAGGAAUGAUCACCCUUACCAAUUUGUGGACUCUGUGGCACUUGACGUGUUCAAAGACCGCUCAGGAUGGUCAGCUCUGGAAGAGAUCAAUCUUCUCAACGCCAUUGAACAUUAUUCCUACGGAAAUUGGAAAGAUAUUGCGCAACAUAUCGGCACAAGGAAUGCUGACGAGGCCAAGGAGGAGUAUGUGAACCGGUUCCUGGAAGGGAGCAUCGGUCAGGUAACCUGGCCAGCGGUGAGUCACUGCCGACCUGUGCUCCGAGAUCUGGUGGAACCAGAUGAUGGGCCUCUGGCUCCCAACAUCGUGUCCACCUUACCUCCGCUGGAUAUCCGAACCCAAGAAGCUCAGCAGCUCGACUACUAUCCUCUCAGAGAUGACUUUGAGAUUGAAUACGACAACAGCGCAGAAACCCUGGUGUCGUCUCUCACUCUAGUCAAUGGAGAAGACGAUGACCUUGAUAUCGCCCUCAAGUUGACCCAAGUGGACAUGUACACGCAGCGCUUGAGGGAACGAGAGAGGAGACACAGAGUUGUACGAGACUACCAACUCAUCGCCAAGUUCUUCAGGCAGAAGGAGAAACCGAGAAAAAAGAUUUCCAAAGAUGAGAGGACCUUCAAGGAGAAGCUUGUGCCAUUCUGCCAGUUCCACACGAGUCAGGAACACGAGCAGUUCGUAGAGAACGUGAUGACCCAGCGCAAGUUGUCUCGGAGGCUGGCCGAGUUGCUGCGUUAUCGUAGGUUCGGCUUGACAUCCUUCAGCGAGCUGCCGGACUUUGAGAAACAGAGGAUCAUGCGGCAGAGUCCCCAGAAACCUGGAGUUGGAGAACUGAGAUCUUUGGAUGAAAGAAAGAAGAGGAAGAAACAUAAGAAACUACUGUUCACGGCAAGGAAGAUCCACGUGGCAAAGCGCCCUUUCUUCAGAUUCGCAGUUCAAGGUGCGGCGCCCAUCUGACGGCGGCGGAAGAAGGCCUCUGCGGUACCUCCUCCUGAGGAGGAAGAGACAAGUUCAGGACCCACAGCUGAACUAUCACAGUGAAGCCUUCAGUAGCCGUCUCAAAAACAUCACUCACCGGCCUCUAUGUGAUGUGAAAAAGACCUAUUUAACACCUUCUAUACCCUAAAAGACUUGAACAGCACAAUUUUACAAUGUGCAGUAGAAGACUUUUUGUUUAUAACAUUUCUCUGAGGUUGAUUUCUGAAAUUUCAUAGACAUUAAGGACUCAAAUUCUCUAAUAUUAGAAAUACAGUGAUGACGUAUUGUCACCUGUUUGUGUAAUAUAAGUUUGUGUGAUAGUUCUAAUUUUAUGAGACAUAUCAGAAUAGUCAACAUAGAAGAUUUGGUAGGAAUUUUAAAUAGUUUCCCUCAAUAAAGGUAGAUACGUUUGAUUUUAACAUAUAAUUUUUAUUUAUCCAUAGUUUUUACCAACUUUAAUUGAUUGUAUGUAUGUGGAGAUAAAUGUAUUGCUGUCUUCACCAAACAAACUCUUAGCGAAGCUAAUUAUGAGAAUAUGGCUUCCCUCUGGUAUUCAGGAUUGUUGUAUCUUUACUUUUUGAACAUGCCUCAUAAUUAUUACGUAUUAUAGAAACUUUGCUGAUUAGCACUUAAAAUUUUAUAUUUUAUAAAAUAGAGAUAAUAGGUAAAUAAGUGAUUGUGAUACCAAAUAAAUUACAAGGAUAAUUAACCUCCUAACUUUUCUCCCUUUCACCCAUAAACUUUAGACCAUAAAAAUUACAUUUAUUUUAAUUUAUAAAAUCGAGUUUAUAUAAACAAAGAAAACCAAUUUCCAAUAAAGUGGAAUUCAAUAAUAAAAUUUGAGCAAGAUAUUACUGAGCAAUAUUACAGCUCAGCCAAUAAUAUGUAUACAAAUAUAAUUUAUAGGGUGGAAAUAUAAUAGAGAAAAAGUACUCCUUAAGGUCAAAAAUGGUGGCUAAUUUAUUUCCACCAUGUGUACACUUUACUGUAGGUUUUAUUCCAUAUAAUGAAUCAGUAGGUUUACAAAAUUAGAAUAUUUAUUUCUGGAUUAGGGUUGUUUUUGUCAGUGACAACAUUUAUGAGACGAAAUCCAGUGGAAAAAAAAUAAAGAGGGUUAGUAAGUUAAAUAAUCUAUGAAGGCCAUUUGUAAUGGCUUUAAACAUUAUAUAUUACUUUCAAAAUUAGGUCUUAACAGUUUACUAUUAUAUAAUUCCUGUACAGUAUUAUAGAAAGUAGUUUUGUAUUUUACUUUCCCCCGUACAUGAAAUGGGAGAAAAUAUUGCGCUAAUAGUGAAAAUAAAAUUUUGGUUUUCAAUGGAAA